CCUCUCCCCACAGCAGUCUGUCUAUACCCUCCCUCCUAAAGUUGGAGAGGGCAGUCACCACAACAGCACCUGAACAGGAGGAUCACCCAAACCGUCUUCUCUUGUAUUUUGCUCUCCUGCUUCCACUGAUGAAACCCAAAAAACUUCCCUACUAAGUGAACCAAGACUGGAGAGUCCUGCAACCUCACAGCCCCAUAUUCCCCCUGCUCAAUUGCGUGGAACAGCCCAAGCUGUGCAGGCUGAAUUUCUAUUCUGAGCUCUUUUUUCCCCUUCAUUAUUGACCUGACCAGCUGCAAAGAAACAGAAGUUGAACAGAGAAACGUGGAAAUCUCAUUUUUAGACAGUGGCACAAGGAAAUGAUAGAUCUAUUGAUAUCACAGAGCCUGUCUGUAAGCAGUGGGUCUUCUGAGAAUCUCAAGUUCGACCUUUCCGACAGUCACCCCGAAUCUCCUGAUGACAUAGAAGAUAAGUCAAAGAAAGUGUCUUCCAGAGAAAGCUUCCCACAUUCAGGAAAUAGCAAGGAAUCUCAGCAAUUUAUACCUGAAGGAAACUACUCAAGGCAAUACCCUCAUAUAGUGUCACCCCCAUCUGUACCAGGGAUGGCUGCUUAUGGACAGACCCAAUACAGUGCGGGGAUACAACAAACAGCGGCUUAUUCUACGUAUCCACCCCCAGGACAAUCUUAUGGGAUCCCAUCAUACAGCAUUAAAACAGAGGACAGUUUAAGUCAUUCCCCGGGACAGAGUGGGUUUCUUACCUACGGCUCAAGUUUCAGCACCCCACCUCCAGGGCAGGCACCGUACACUUACCAGGUUCAUGGUCCAUCGGGUAUUUAUCAAGGAGCCAACGGUUUGACCAACGCAGGAGCCUUUGGAAGUGUGCACCAGGAAUAUUCAUCAUAUCCAGGCUUCAGUCAAGGCCAGUACCCACAGUAUUACAGCUCUUCGUACAACUCUCCAUAUGUACCCACAAACAGCAUCAGCCCCACAGCCCUGUCUACAGCCGCAUACUCAAUCCAUGAAUCCUCUCACCAUGUCUCCAAUCAGAGCACAGAAUCACUAUCAGAGGAGGAAUUAAAUUGCACUACCCAUUAUGUUUCAGGGGAGUACAACACUCAUAAUGGUCCCUCCACCCCAAUUAAAGAUUCAGAAAAUGAUCGACAACAGCGAGGAUCUGACGCCAAAUUACGCGGAAGGUCUAAAAGAAGUAAUGACCCAUCUCCUGCAGUGGAUAAUGAAAUAGAGCGCGUGUUCGUGUGGGAUUUGGAUGAAACAAUCAUUAUUUUUCACUCGUUACUCACGGGAACCUUUGCAACAAGAUACGGGAAGGACACAACAACGGCAGUCAGAGUAGGCCUAAUGAUGGAAGAGAUGAUCUUCAACCUUGCUGAUACACACCUGUUCUUUAAUGACCUGGAGGAAUGCGACCAAAUCCACAUAGACGACGUUUCCUCGGACGACAAUGGGCAAGAUUUGAGCACAUAUAACUUCUCCGCCGAUGGCUUUCACAGUUCCGCCGCUGGUGCCAACCUCUGUCUGGGAUCUGGCGUCCAUGGAGGUGUAGACUGGAUGAGGAAAUUAGCAUUUCGCUACAGGAGAGUAAAGGAGAUGUACAGCACUUAUAAAAACAAUGUGGGAGGUUUAAUCGGAGCUCCAAAGAGGGAAACAUGGCUUCAGCUAAGAGCAGAAAUGGAGGCCUUGACUGAUCUGUGGCUGACUCAUGCACUUAAAGCAUUGAAUCUAAUACACUCUAGGCCCAACUGUGUGAAUGUUCUAGUAACCACCACGCAGCUUAUACCGGCCAUCGCCAAGGUGCUGCUCUACGGCCUCGGCACGGUCUUUCCUAUUGAAAACAUUUACAGCGCAACAAAGACAGGGAAGGAGUGCUGCUUCGAGAGGAUAAUGCAGCGAUUUGGGAGAAAAGCUGUGUAUGUUGUAAUCGGAGACGGCGUGGAAGAGGAGCAAGCGGCAAAAAAGCACAACAUGCCAUUCUGGAGAAUCUCUUGCCACGCCGAUCUGGAAGCAUUGCGGCAUGCUCUAGAACUGGAGUACUUGUAGCAGGCUGGAGGAGUUCCGUGCUGGUCGUUAGCAGGCCCCUCCCUCAGCAAGUCUCUCAACUAGAACUUUCUCAGUUGGUUAGGAACACCGGCUUGCUUCUUCCAAGGACAGCCCUAGGGAAACUCCACCAGGCGGAAGGGUUGCUCGGAGAGUCCAGCCCAACCCAGAACUUGUAUAAUUUAAUCAGAUGCUUAUUGCUGAACCUGGACUACUAGUGCGGGUUUAUCCACCCUCCACGGACUAUUUAUAAGCACAAAUGGACUUGAUGGCGCAAAGGAUCAACUUUAAAGAAAUAAGUAUUGGCCACACAGAUAGACUGGCCGAGCCCACUACCCAAUGGAUUGCCCACCAUGGAACUUAACUGAGUCAAAUUGUUGAUUUCUUUUUUUUUUUUUUUUGUAUGUUUUUUUUUCUAAUUUAUGGACUUCUUUCAAUUUUUUUUUCCUGUCAUUAUGCUCCUUUUCCUGAGUUUUUAUCUGUCAGAGUGGGAGGGCGGGUGUAUGUCGAUCUUAUUUAAUAAUUUUUUCUUCACGGCAAAGGCUGGGGACAAUCAGGUUGUGUACAUUAGUAAUGGUUGGUACAAAUUACUAUAGUUAUGUUUGAACAUUGUAUAGAUGGUAUGUGGACUGUGCAUGCGUCUACGCCGUGCCUUAUGCUGCCAUCUUUCUUUUUUUUUUAUAUAGGUAAAACAAAAAAAAAAAAUAUGUUGUCAUGAAUGAAAGGCAUUAAAGAAAACUACGUUUA